UUGACACUUGUACCAAUGAGUGGGAACAGUUUGUCGUGUUUUGGUCCAGUCUAGCCGAGUCCCGAAAAUGACAGCGAGGAAGUCUGGCUCACGACUGGAGACCGAGAUAGAGCGUUGCCGCUCAGAGGGGCAAUGGGACAAGAUACCGGAGUUAGUGCGGCAGCUUUCAGCCAAACUAAUAUCAAACGAUGACCUCGGGGAGCUGUUGUUGGGUGAGUGUAAGCUUCAGACAUAUCUGAAGGAAAACCCCAUUAAACAAGGAGCCAGUCCAAGGGGCCCACGACCUAAACUGGUGGAGGUCAGGAAACACCUCACUGCUGCCCUGGACAGAGGAAACCUCAAGGCCGACUACCUGCAGGAGGCCAGUCUGCUCAUGGCUAAACUCUGCUAUGUGGAGGGAGAGUACAGGGACGCCUUAGAUCACUACAGCCGGGUGAAUCUGGAUGAUUUACAGCUGGUGGGAGCUCCUGUCUACAGGCUGUCAAUGAUAGCUGAAGCUUAUGCUACUAAAGGAUUGUGUCUAGAGAAGGUCCCGGCUGCCUCUCCGUCUCUGUCCAAUAAGAAUGCAGGGUCUCCAUCAUUGUCCAAUAGGGGCACAACAGAGCGGGACCAGGAAAUCAUCACCUGCUAUGAGAAGUCUGGGGACAUUGCCCUGCUCUACCUGCAGGAGGUUGAGAAGGCGUUGUCAGCAGGAAUUCAGAACCGCAGUCCGAAACCUGGCCCGACAGCCCAGGACCAGGAACUAGGCUAUUUUCUGGAGACGGGACUGCAGAGAGCCCAUGUCAUCCACUUCAAAAAUGGAAACCUGACACGAGGUGUUGGCCGUUUCCGGGAGAUUCUGCGGGCCGUAGAGACCAGGACCACCCAGAACCUGCGCAUGACUAUAGCCAGGCAGCUUGCAGAGAUCUUGCUGAGAGGGAUGUGUGAACAGAGUUACUGGUCUCCUCUGGUGGACCCACCCGCUGUGUCCCCACUGGACGAUCCCACACGUCAAGGACACAUCCACACCAAGAGCUACAACUUAAGCCGCCGCCCACGAGUCUACUCUGGAGAGAAUCUUUUUUGUCCUCAGGAAAAUACAGAGGAAGCUUUGCUCCUGCUUCUCAUCAGUGAGUCCAUGGCCAACCGUGACGCUGUGCUGAGCAGGAUUCCUGAGCACAACAACGAUCGUAUCAUCAGCCUGCAGUCUGCCUCUGUGGUGUACGAUCUACUGACCAUAGCUCUGGGCAGGAGAGGGCAGUACGAGAUGCUGUCAGAGUGUUUGGAGAGAGCCAUGAAAUUUGCCUUUGAGGAGUUCCACUUGUGGUACCAACUUGCCCUUUCGCUGAUGGCAGCUGGGAAAUCAGCCCGAGCCGUCAAAGUUCUCAAGGAGUGCAUUCGUCUGAAGCCCGACGACCCCACCAUCCCACUGCUGGCUGUCAAACUCUGUAUCGGACCCUUGCACUGGUUGGAUGAGGGCGAGUGUUUUGCGAAGAUGGUGAUAGACAUGGGGGAGAAAGCAGCUGAGUUCAGAGCCAAAGGAUACCUGGCCAUAGGCCUUGUCUACAGCCUCAAGGCUACUGAUGCGUCGCUGCGAGGCACACAGGAGGAGUACCAGAGGAAAGCUUUAGGGGCCUUCCAGAGAGCUCAGAGUCUGUCUCCUACCGACCAUUUAGCAGCUUUCUACCUAGCACUGCAGCUGGCUGUGUCCAGACAGAUCCCUGAGGCGCUGGGCUACGUCCGUCAGGCGUUGCAGCUUCAAGGAGAUGAUGUCCAUUCCCUCCAUCUGUUGGCGCUGCUGCUCUCUGCACAGAAACACUACCAUGAUGCUCUCAAUAUUAUAGAGAUGGCUCUGUCUGAGUACCCUGAAAACUUCAAUCUGCUGUACACCAAGGUGAAAUUGGAGACGCUGUGCAGAGGGCCAGAAGAGGCUCUGCUCACCUGUAAACACAUGCUGCAAAUCUGGAAGAGCUUUUACAACCUUACUAACCCCAGUGACUCGGGACGUGGCAGCAGUCUGCUUGACAGAGCCAUUGCAGAUAGACGGCAACUCAACGCCAUGACACUGCCUGACUUCAGUGACCCUGAGACCGUCUCAGGUUCCUCCUCUUCUCACUCUGGUUCUGAACCGGUCUCCCCCACCGCCUCCACCCUCUCCUCCACCUUCUCCUGCAGCCUCCCCUCCCCGCUCUCCUCCCCUUCGUCUCCUUCCUCCCCCGUCUUCAUCCUCCUCCCCGCUCCCGUCCCUCCCCCGAAGCCGCCCUCCUUCCACCCUCCUGCUCCCUCUCAGCCUCCUCCCUCCAAGCCAAGGACUCACUCCUUUUGCGACCACGUCACUCUCCGCCAGCUGUCCACCACUAGCGGCCUUCAGGACGCUAACACUCUUGGUUUUUCCUCCAUGUUUUCUGUUUGUUCGGUCCACGCUACGUCUAUAGCAGCUAGCCGCGUGGAGCAGGCUCUCUCUGAAGUCGCCUCCUCCCUGCAGAGCAGCGCCCCCAAACAGGGACCGCUGCACCCCUGGAUGACGCUGGCUCAGAUCUGGCUGCACGCAGCUGAGGUUUACAUUGGCAUGUCCAAGCCGGCCGAGGCCACCGCCUGCACACAGGAAGCAGCCAACCUCUUCCCCACAUCCCAUAACGUGCUGUACAUGAAGGGGCAGGUGGCCGAGCUGAGGGGCAACAUAGAUGAGGCCAAACGCUGGUAUGAAGAGGCCCUGUCCAUCAACCCCACGCAUGUCAAGACCAUGCAGCGACUGGGUCUGAUCCUCCACCAGCUGCAACGCUACAGUCUGUCAGAAAAAGUCCUGAGGGACGCCGUGCAGGUCAACAGUACGGCUCAUGACGUGUGGAACAGUCUGGGCGAGGUGCUGCAGGCUCAGGGCAACGCCGCCGCCGCCACCGAGUGUUUCCUCACCGCCUUGGAGCUGGAGGCCAGCAGUCCUGUGCUGCCAUUCACUAUCAUACCCAGGGCACUAUGAGACACACACACACACACACACGCACACACACACACAGAUACACCUAUUACAUCCAAAGCACUCCGAAACAGAGUGGCACAAAAUGAUGAUGUACCUGCAAACUCACACACACACACCCAUUCACUGUAUGGGACACACACAUACACACACAGUGCACCUGCGUCCCACUCACAUACACUAACUGCCAUACUCUCAGAAACAGACACACACACACACACACACACACUUGAUAUGAAUGCAAAUGAUACAUACAAGCACUGAAAACACACAGGCCCUUUGCAACAGGCCUGUUGCCAUACCGACACCGCUGCUCCCCUUCCAGUCCUCCCACAAUGCCUUGCUGUGGCCGUGACCCCCUGACCUGAUGAUGACGACAUUGCAGCUGAUGAACCGGUGGUCGUCAUGGAGAUUAACCCUCAGCAUGCCUGUCAGCCGCUACCAUUCUGCUCUGUGUGUGUGUGUGUGUGUGUGUUUUGCCUGUGUGUAUUUGGAUACACUUGUAUGCACUUUUUUGUGUGUGUGUGUGUGUGUGUGUGUGUGUGUGCGUGCCUGUUCCUGUUUGUGCAUGUACACCCGUGUCUGUGUAUGUGAGCUGAUAUUUUGCCUGCUUGUAUGUGAUUUGUAUAAUAUUGUAUGUGUAUGUUUGUGUGUAUGUAUGUAUGUAUGUGUGUGUGUGUGUACAUAAUGUAUGUAAUCCAUUAUUUUGUCCUGAUUGAAGAUGUUUCUGAAACGAUGAAAUCAGAGUUUCUACUCUGUCAUUGCUCCCAUUCAGAAGAGUUUACAUUUUAUUUACCUUUUUAUGUAGAUUCAGUCUUUUUCUUUGUACAGAUCGUUUCCACGGCAGCCGUCUUGACUUCACCUAGCAGGCAAACACAUGUUGCUAAUGACAUUAAUUAAGCCUCUGCUCAUUAAAGGCUUUGCAUUGAGCCAGCAUGAAUGAAUGUCAUUAGUCACGUGUGUGUUUACUCUGUUUAUGUUUAUGUGACAAUGGCUGCUGUGUAAAAGGUCCAUCUCUCUCUCUCUCUCUCUCUCUCUCUCUCUCACACACACACACACACACACACACACACAUACACACACAGAGGACAAUUCUUGCAACCUUUGGCAAGCAUGGGUUAGGGGUGAUUUUCUACAGUUUUCUCAAAAAAAAAAAAAAAAAAAAGCCAAACAUUUCUGAUAACCUCCCUUCAUCCCAUUUCAAAGCAGCCAACGAACACACGCGCUUUCUAUCGUUCAUGCAAGCGACGCGCCUGCAGCACACACACUCCCUCACACACUCACACACCUGUUGCUGUUUUUCUAGAGAUGAGGGUAGUUUUAGUUACUGUAAGCGAUGCAUAGCUCAGGCCGGAUGCCUGGGAACGGAGCAGCGACAGACAUGAUAAGCAGAUCACUGAGGAAUCAAACCAUCUGUACAGAGGAAAUGCCAAAACAGGCUGCAUUUACACAGGCACAGCAAAUCUGAUUUUUCAAACAGCAUUAUGUUUUUGCAUUGAACCAGAAAGAAAACACUAUCAUGAGAACGUUAUUUAGUGCGGUCAGAGCUGCCACAAAGAAAACCCAAGACGUCAUAGUCCCACCCACAAUGUUUGAUUGACAGGUGAUCUCGGAAGAAACACCACAGCAAUGAGCUUUAAAGCUGGUGAUUAAAAUUACAAAAAGCAAGGCUGUAGCAGAUUAUUACUGUCAUUUGAACGUGGGAAAUUUGGGAUCCUAUCAUAGAAAUGCAAAAAGUUUGAUUCUUACUCUCUUCUUGAACAGGAACCAUGUUUUGACACAUACAGGGGGAAAAAAUCUGAUUUUCUGUUGUUUGUAAAUGCAGCUGCAGUGACUGUGUUGUCUUCUGUCCUGUCGCAUUCAUGUUAAACAAGCAGAUGAAUAUAGUUAUUUUUUUUUCCAACUUGACUUGAUUAUAAAUUCAGAGGAAUUAUUGUUGUAUAUUUGAUUGUUCCAUGUGUAUCUAUUGUUAUUUUAGAAAGUAAAUUAUAAUAAUUCUAUUUUCUGGAGAAUGAUGUUACUGAGGUGCCGUUGGAGGAUUGAGAGGACCGACUGAUUAGAUUGGUCGCCGUCGGGCUCAGUGGGCGUGUCUUUAAUGCUGUAUCCAAGCGACUGAAUUAGGAAGAUUAUAAUAAAAGAAAAUAAAUGGUUGAAAUGA